AUGAGUAUCUCGAUUUCUGUUAUUAUUGUGGGAGGAGGGCUGGCUGGCCUGGCUACAGCCAUUGGCUUGCAGCGCGCCGGCCACCAAGUUACUGUGCUAGAGAAAUCGCCAGCACUGGGACAGAUUGGUGCAGGGAUUCAAAUUCCACCCAACUCAGCCAAAGUUUUCAAGGGGUGGGGUCUUCUGGAUGAGCUAGAGAAACUGUCAAUCGCUCCGAAUGUUGGGGUGAUGCGAUCAUACCGUGAAAUGAAGCCUUUGUCAACCCUCGAUAUGGGCAAGAAAUUGGUUGAACGAUAUGGAACUCCUUAUCUUCUUACCCACCGCGUUGACCUGCAUCACUUACUCGCUAAAGAGGCUGAGCGCGUGGGAGUCGACAUUCGCCUUGGGGUGGAAGUAACGGGGAUUGAGACAGACACCAGCAGUCAGCAGAGCCCUCUGGUACAGACCGCUAAUGGGCAGCAAAGCUUCUCCGCAGAUCUAGUAUUUGCAGCAGACGGAGAACGAUCUCGCUGUCGAGGAAGCUUGCUAGGGCACGAAAUGCCUUGGAAAGAUAGUGGCGAUCAUGUACUCCGUGCCACUGUCCCAAUUCAGAUCCUCCAAGAAAACGAUGAGCUACGGGAGUUUGUCAAUGACCUUAAUUUCUGGGUGGGGCCCGAGAGCAACGCCCUCACCUAUAGUCUCAAGCGAGACGGGCUGUUCAAUGUCGUGACUACCGGGGCUCAUGCUCCAGAUGCUGCGGUACAAUUUGCCCCGAAACCAAUCAGCCAGGAGGAGGCUUUACUUGAGUUCCCAGGCUGGGACCCUCUUUUCCAUCGCCUAUUACGCUCGAGUACCAUAUAUGCGCGCUGGACGCUUCUACAUACUGACAUGCCGAGCAAGUGGACGAAUGAGACGGGCAAUGUCUCACUGAUUGGAGACGCAGCUCAUGCGAUGCUUCCUUACACUGGGCAAGGUGCAGCGAUGGCUUUUGAAGACGCAGCCACCAUCGGUGUUUUAUUCUCAUCAAUCAAAGACAAGAGGCAAAUUCCAGAUCUGCUCACGAUCUACGAGACAAUGCGAAGACCACGGGUCACAGAAAUGCAUAGACGUGUUAAACAGGUCCGGGAUAUAUAUUCCAUGGCAGACGGGCCGAAGCAGCAGGAACGAGACCGUCAACUACGGGAGCAGGCGCCUUUUGAUGGUUACCCCAAUUUCCUAGCAGAUCCCGUGCUCCAGGAAUGGAUGUUUAGCUACGAUGCCUUCAAAGAAGCUCAGAAGGCCCUAGAGACGUUCCAAAAGGGCGAAUUCCCUGGAACACAAGGUACAUGGAGGCUUUACAUGUAA